GCUCUCACCGGUUUGAAUAAGGCCGAGACGGCAGCGAAGCACGGUGAGGCCCAGGUGAAGAUCUGGAGGCGCUCGUAUGACAUCCCCCCGCCUCCCAUGCAGGCUGAUCACCCCUUCUACAGCACCAUAUGCAAGGACCGUCGCUAUGCUGACCUGACAGAGGACCAGCUGCCAACAUGCGAGAGCCUGAAGGACACCAUUGCCCGGGCUCUGCCUUUUUGGAAUGAGGAAAUAGUCCCACAGAUCAAAGAGGGCAAGCGAGUCCUUAUUGCUGCCCACGGCAACAGCCUGCGUGGGAUUGUCAAGCACCUGGAAGGCAUGUCGGAAGAGGCCAUCAUGGAGUUAAACCUGCCAACCGGCAUCCCUAUCGUCUAUGAACUGGACAAGAACCUGAAACCUGUCAAGCCCAUGCAGUUCCUGGGGGAUGAGGAGACAGUGCGCAAGGCCAUGGAGGCCGUUGCUGCUCAGGGCAAGGUCAAGAAGUGA